AAAUCAGUUUCCACUUUCCUUCAACAAAAUCAAAGUCUAAAUUUUCUUACAACCGGAGUGGAUGAUCUGCCUGUUUUAUAGCUUCCUUGUCCUAACAAACAUCCAUCCAUCAAUCCUCCGUUCUUAACAAAACCAGAAGCAUCCAUCUUUCCCUCUCAGAUCCAACCUUAAACCACAUCUCAUGUCUCCAACAAAUGCCAACACCUUUCCCAGUGUUGUUGGUCUUGAACCCCAUGAGAACCCACAACCAGGCCAACCCGAUAUCCACCGGAGCCGGCAAGGUUCGCCGGUUCAUUCCCCUCGACGAGGAUCGAGUCUAUUUGGGAAUGGUGAAAAGGGUUAUGAUUGGUUAGGGUUUUUGUGGGUGGGUCAGAAGCAGCAGUUGAGGAAGGGGAAGAGAAAGGGAGGGAGGGUUUGGCACCUGAGGAAGAGAGUCAAGGGGCUCGUGGUUGUGAUUGGAUUGGUGGGUGUGUUUUUCUUGGUGAAUUGGUUCAUGCUUUUGAGGUUGCAGGAGGAUCCAGUGGAGCCCCAUCACCAUGGAUCUCCAAAGAAUUCGUCUUCCAUUUCGGUUCAGGGAAAGUCGAAAAAGCAUGGUAAAGGGAAGAAGCAAUACAAUGGUUUAUAUGGGAGGAUGCUGGCUUUGGCUGCACAUGCCUUGGCUGAGGGGCAGAAUAAACGCGAGCCGAAAGACUUAUGGCAGGAACCUGUAGUCCCUGCUUCUGCCUGGAGACCUUGUGCCGAUCAACGUGACUGGGAACCUAGCAAGGGGAAUAACGGAUACAUUAUGGUUACUGCAAAUGGUGGAAUUAACCAGCAGCGUGUAGCCGUUUGCAAUGCUGUUGUAGUAGCACGAUUACUUAACGCAACCCUUGUUAUUCCAAAAUUUAUGUACAGUAGUGUCUGGAGAGAUGUGAGUCAAUUCAGCGAUAUCUAUCAGGAGGAACAUUUUAUUAACUACCUCACUCCUGAUAUUCAGAUAGUGAAGGAACUUCCUGAGGAGCUAAGGUCAUUAGAUUUGGAGGCAAUUGGUAGUGCUGUCACAGACGUAGAGGUUCCUAAGGAGGCUAAACCAAGUUUUUAUUUAAAACACAUUCUUCCCCUUCUACUCCAAAAUAAAGUUGUCCAUUUCAUUGGGUUUGGGCAUCGGUUGGCAUUUGACCCAAUACCAUUUCAGCUGCAGAGACUUCGAUGCAGAUGCAACUUUCAUGCACUUCAAUUUGUUCCAAAAAUACAAGAAACUGGUGCUUUGCUCCUUAAAAGGUUGCGCCAGCACACAGUUCAGCAGGGACUGUUGGAUCGUUAUCUUGUUGGUACAUAUGCAGAAUCAAUUGUGAAUGAAAAGAGUGCUCAUUCUGCAAAAGCUUCUAGAUAUCUAGCCAUACAUUUGAGAUUUGAAAUUGACAUGGUCGCUCAUUCUUUGUGUGAGUUUGGAGGAGGUGAAGAAGAAAGAAGAGAAUUGGAAGCUUAUAGGGAGAUCCAUUUCCCUGCAUUGACACUUCUGAAGAAGACAAAAAGGUUACCUUCUCCUCAAGAGUUGAGAUCUGAAGGUUUAUGUCCAUUAACACCAGAAGAAGCAGUGCUUAUGCUUGCUGCUCUUGGUUUCAAUCGUAAGACACAUAUAUUUGUGGCAGGUGCACAGAUAUAUGGAGGGCAGACAAGAUUGACUGCUUUGACAACCUUGUAUCCUAACUUGGUUACUAAAGAGAACUUGCUUUCACCAACUGAACUCAACCCUUUCAUGAACUUCUCGUCUCAGCUUGCAGCACUGGACUUCAUUGCCUGCACUGCUUCGGAUGCAUUUGCCAUGACAGACUCGGGUAGUCAAUUGUCAUCUCUGGUAUCUGGUUUUCGAAUAUACUAUGGUGGAGGGAGAAUGCCAACAAUACGUCCCAACAAGCGAAGACUGGCAGACAUAUUCACAAAGAACAAUACCAUAGAAUGGAAAAUUUUUGAGCAGAGGGUUAGGAAGGCGGUUAGGCAAACUAAACAUGUCCAGACAAGGCCUAAGGCAAGGAGUGUGUAUCGUUACCCUCGGUGUAAAGAGUGUAUGUGCCUUUCAACUUGAAUUGUUAUUAUUACCCGUUUUUGACAUGAGACAUUCAUUGUUGUGUAGAAUUAGUCUUGAAUCAGGCUCAUCAACAAUUGAUUACUUCAUUUUAUACUAAAAAGGCAUUGCAUAUUGUUUAUCAAAGAAACAGUAAAAUUCCUUUCUGCUUCAGUUUCAUCUAAAAUAUGGAAACUGGAUUAAUUGAUAAUGGCAUUCUGAUGAUGUGAUUCCAACUUCCUGUUAAAAAAAUUUCGCCAAAGCUGAACUCAUUCCUGGCCACAGUCGCAUUGAUUUCAAUGUCAAGAUCUUGAGUUCCUUCUGGGGCUAUUGUGAACAUGGGUGGAUACAGGUUGAUAGCUGUUCCAUUAGGUGGUACUGCAGAGCAUAGAUAUGUCUCAGGUUUGCCUCCUACAUUCCUGAAACUCCGAUGUAAUGUCAGUGAUCCAUUCAACGAAGAUACUGUCACUGAUGGGAGGUUCAGAUUUGAUGGAUGGCUGAGCGUUUGAUUGCAGGAUGCUCCGGUAGCACCUUUGAUUGCAGCUUGAUCAAUUUCAGGCAUGGAACACAAAAAUGCAAUGUAAUCUUCAAAUUCUGCUACACACACAGGAUUCAUCUUAAGAAACUAAACAGAACAGCAAAAUGAACGUUAGUUUCUUUCCUGUUAUUCUGAAGUGUUUACCUGAUGACAAGACGAGGCCUGGAUCCAGGGCACGAGAUGGACUAACAAAGCCAG